AUGGAGACGGUGAAGAGCUCUUCUCAGUCCGCUUACAGCCGCUGGUCAUACAGGACUCGCAUCGACGGCCCCGCAGCUCUUCUGGGUUCAGAAGCUCCAGAUCUGUGCUGUAAGAUCCAGGUUCAGUCGGUCAGUCGACCGCAGCAGACCUCACUGCCCUCCGCAGAAGAGCCAGAGACAGACGCCGACACACACACACUGCUGGAGAGACGCGGACUGUCUGGCAGCAUGAACUACGACGAGGCCAGUGAUGAUGAUGAUGAUGAAGAGCUGAACACAGAGAGCACUCGUCCUGCGUCGGCCUCCAGCACCAAAUCCACCACGGAGUGUGUCCCGCUGGGUUCUCCAUCAGCUGAGGGCUCCUCCAUUGAGGUGGAUAAUCUGGAGGAGUUUGUUCUCCGUCCGGCUCCGAGGGGGGUCACCAUCAAGUGUCGCGUCUCACGGGACAAGAAGGGCAUGGACCGCGGUCUCUAUCCCACGUACUUCAUGCACCUGGAGAGAGAAGACGGCAAGAAGGUGUUCUUACUGGCCGGACGCAAGAGGAAAAAGAGCAAAACAUCCAACUAUCUGAUCUCUGUGGACGCCACAGAUCUGUCCCGUGAGGGCGAGAGCUUCAUAGGAAAACUGAGGUCUAAUCUGAUGGGAACCAAGUUUACGGUGUACGAUAACGGCACGAACCCCUCGAAAACCCCCGGAGCGCUGCUGGAGGAGACCAACACUCGGCAGGAGCUCGCCACCAUCUGCUACGAGACGAAUGUUCUGGGCUUCAAAGGGCCGCGGAAGAUGACCAUCAUCAUUCCUGGGAUGAACAUGAACUUCGAGCGUGUUCCGGUUCGUCCGGCGUGUGAGCAGGAGUCUCUGCUGAGUAAAUGGCAGAAUCACUCGCUGGAGAAUCUGAUCGAGCUGCACAAUAAAGCGCCGGUGUGGAACGACGACACACAGUCUUACGUGCUCAACUUCCAUGGCAGAGUCACGCAGGCCUCCGUCAAGAACUUCCAGAUCGUCCACGAGAACGACCCUGAUUACAUCGUGAUGCAGUUUGGUCGUGUGGCGGAGGACAUCUUCACUCUGGACUUUAAUUACCCCAUGUGUGCCCUGCAGGCCUUUGCUAUCGGCCUGUCCAGCUUCGACAGCAAACUGGCCUGCGAGUGACACACACACACACACACACACACACACACACACACACACACACACACACACACACACACACAC